AUGGAUAACAAUAUUUUCUUAUUUGUAUUUAAAAAUAAGGUAUUACAUAGAUAUAUAUUUGAAAGUGUUAGAUUCAUACAUAAUAAGAAACAUCUAAAAAGUUUACCUUGGUAUUCAGUUUUAUAUUCACCAAAGACACUGUUGUCAUACCGAUUGUUUAGCGAGUUUAAAGAGCUAUUGGAAUCGGAUGAAGUUUAUUUUCCGUUCGGCGACAUUGGACCGUAUCUUAAAUAUGCAUUUGAUCAUUUCCCAACCAUUCAGUAUGUUCAUUCAAAGUAUCCAAAUGUAAGAGCAUGGACUAGUACCGUAGUUUUAGAGGCUGCUGUAAAUGGUUCUCUCGAGGUUGUUAAAUUCAUUAACGAGAAUCAAAUUAUCAAGAAUUUCAACGAAGCAUUCGUUCAAGCAUGUAUCUAUGAUAGAUUGGAGGUUGUCGAGUAUCUGUAUCCAAUUGCUAUUCAAAGUCUAUCAGUUAACGAUAUAGAGUCGGUGAUAUUGACAGCAUCGAAAAAAGGUUAUUUUGAUAUCAUCAAGUUUCUUUUCGAUCGUGGUCAUAUCAAGAAAAAACUAGCCAGAGUCAUAGAAUCAGCAUCUGUUCAUCAACAAUACAAAGUCUUGGAAUAUCUUAUCGAUUCAGAAAAAGAUAAACAUUUACUUAAAUUUACACCGAAAACACUUAAUAUGUUUGCAAAAUAUGGUCAACUCGACUUACUUCAGAGGUCUAUAGAUGACUGUGAUGGUAACUCGACAGAGUUGGAACAGACAUUAGAUUAUGCAGCAAGUGGUGGUCAGUUCGAGGUUUUGAAAUGGUUGACAGAGAAUAAGAGAGGUGUUUGUACAACUAGAGCCAUAGAUAAAGCAUCGGGAAAAGGUCAUUAUGAAAUCGUGCGAUAUUUACAUGAGAAUCGUAGUGAAGGAUGUUUCCCAAUUGCAAUGGAUGAAGCAGCAAAAGGAAAUCAUAUAGAAAUUGUUCGGUUUUUGCACGAGAAUAGAAGUGAAGGAUGUACUGUCAAUGCGAUUAACAACGCUGCUAAGUAUGGUCAUUUCAAGAUGAUACGAUUCCUAGUUGAAAAUAGAACAGAACGAUUUUCAACAAUUGCAGUUAAUAACGCAGCUCUCAAUGGAUAUUAUGAUUUGGCAGUAUAUCUCUACGAUCUUCAACCAGAGAAAUGUAAUGCAUUGGCAGUGUUGGUGGCAGCAGCUAAAGGUGGUCAUAUUGAUAUUGUAAAGUAUUUCUUUGACAAGAUUGUAACUUUCAACAGAUCUAUCAAAGAAGUAUUGAAACACCCAAAUGAAGAGAUCUUUAAUUUCCUAUUCAGGGAGAAAAGAAUAACAUUUGAAAUCAAUCUAAAGGACAUAGAGAAUAUGAUUAAACUAGGUAGUUUGGAAGGAAUCAAGUUUCUCUAUGAAAGAAGUCCACAUCUUUUCGGUGGAUACGCUUUCACAUUGGCUUUGGAACAUAAACAACUUGGUAUACUUGACUAUCUUUAUAAUAAUUGUCAUAACAUUGUCUAUUAUAAAUCAUUAUUGACAAAUGCAAUCCUUACAAGAGAUGACGAUAUCAUUAAAUAUGUUUUAUCGAUGGACAUCGAUGUCAUUCAAGAUAUCACAAGGAUUAGCGAUCUACUACCAGAUCUAUUAAAAUCGCUACUCUAUUGGCAUUCAUAUCUAUCGGGUACCAGCUUGGAGAUGUUUAUCAACAAAUAUCUAGAGCAUCUAAAAUCGAUAAACACAAUUUGCCUCAAUCUAAACCAAGUGGAAUUCCGAUUGAUUCUACCAAUUCAUCGUUUGGGAAUCAAUUUAAUGACUAGUGUUCAUAUCAAUCAUGCUAUUAUAUCUGGUAAUCUUCGAUUGGUUAGGCUAUUUAACGAGAAUAAUCCUGAAGGCUUCGAAGAUCCUUAUAUUGUGCAUAAUCAAAUGAACUGUCGAAGUUUAUACUUGAAUGUCUUUAAGUAUCUCUAUCCCUAUCGAUCGGCAUCAUUUAACACCAGUUUAUUAUUGCGUGCAGCUGAAAUAGGAUCACUAGAAACAAUCGAAUUCCUACAUCAACAACAAUCAAAUAAUCAUCAAUUUACUACGAGUGUUAUGGAUGCGGCAGCAGGACAUGGACACCUCGAUAUCGUUAAAUUUUUGCAUUACAACAGAACCGAGGGAUGUUCAAAGAAAGCAUUUAACUCUGCAGCUACCUAUGGAAAGCUAGAAAUCUUUGAUUUCCUCCACAAAAAUCGAACAGAAGGAUGUUCGCCUGGUCUUAGUGAGGUUGUUGCAAAGAACGGUUACUAUCAUAUGGUUAAAUACAUUCAUAACAACAGGACAGAUGCUUGUACCGACAACUGCGCAUGUAACACUCUUCGAUAA